AUGAACCCGCGCGACUUCUCGGCGCCCUGGAACGCGUUCGAGCUCGCGACCCACGUCGCCUCAGUGGACGCCGAUGUGCUCGUCGUGCCCAUGAACUGGCUCGAUCCGGACGAGAAUCUGUCCCACGACUCGGACUCGAGCUCGGACGAGGAGGACAUUGCACACCGCGACUUCAUGGCUGAACCGAGCGCUGGUAAUCUCAAUUACUGGGCGGCGAGGCUGACGCCGUUGCAUGUCGGCGCUGCUAAGGGCCGGAGGAAGGACGUCGUCUUCGUUGCUGCCAACCGGUGCGGGACCGAGGAGGGCACGACGUUCGUUGGCACGUCCGCCGUCAUGCUCCUCACUGCCGACCCGCCAAAGGUCCACCUUGGCGCUUAUUGCAACCGCGGCGAGGAGCGCGUCAUGACUUGUACAAUCGAGUGA